AUGCCCGAAAGCAAUGAGACACAGAUUCCAAUUGUAGAUGCACAAAUAUAUGAAAGCAAUGAGAAUGAAAAAGUGACAGUUUCAAAGAUAGAUUCAGAAGAUAUGACAUCCAAGGGUUCUGCCAUGAGAUUGUUGAAAAUGAGUGCAACAGAUUGGCCAUAUGCAAUCAUGGGCACAUUUGGGUCAAUUAUACAGGGUUGUCUAGUCCCGAUAGUUGGUCUAUUUAUGGCUAUAUCUAUAACCAACUUCUUCAUACAGAAUCAUUCUGAAAUGGAGCGCAAGAUUAGGAUAGCUGCCUUCGUGUAUAUUGGUAUUGCUCUCGCUGCAUUGCUAGGCAACGCGUUGCAGCAGUUUUGCCUUGGGAUAAUCGGAGGAAAUUUAAGCGAAAAAGUUCGAGAGAAGAUGCUUGCAGCCAUUUUGCGUAAUGAGAUAUCUUGGUUCGAUAAAGAUGAGAAUGGCAGCCUUAAAAUCUCCUCCCGCAUUUCUUCCGACGGGACUCACGUAAAGAGUGUAAUUGAACAAGUAUUUCUUAUUGCCCAGAACCUCACCAAUAUUGUUGCUUCCUUGAUAAUAUGCUUUACAGCCCAAUGGCAAGUCAGCUUAAUCCUUUUCGCCGCAUACCCUAUUCUUGUUUUGGGAAACAUGUCUCAGAAAAUGUCAGAUAAGGGAUUCGGUGGAGAUCAAGCCAAGGCGCACAACGAAGCCACCGUUGUGGCAGGCGAAGCAGUGAGCAAUAUCAGAACACUUAUAGCAUUCAACGCAGAGAAGAAAGUUCUGUCUUUAUUUCAGAAAUUGCUCGCUAAACCGGUGAGACGCAGCUUCAGAAAAGGGCAAAUCGCAGGGUUGUUAUAUGGGCUUUCUCAGCUGGGCCUGUAUUGCUCCUAUGCUUUGGCUCUUUGGAAUGCCUGGAGACUUGUCAGUAAUGGAACGGCUAGUUUUACUGAAGUUAUUGUGGCAUCUACUGUAAUGUUUUUUGCUUCUUCUACACUCUCGGAGACGAUGACUUUGGUUCCAAAUUUCGUUAAAAGCAGGGAAGCCGUGAAGUCGGUGUUCAAAAUCCUGGACAGGCAGACACGGAUGGAGCCAGAAGAUCCAGAAGCAUUCAAUGUCGAACACUUGAAGGGAGACAUAGAGUUCAGGAAUGUCACAUUUUGUUAUCCUAAUCGACCACAAUUUAUUGUUUUUGAAAACCUGGACCUGAAGUUGGAAGCAGGAAAGAGCUUAGCCCUUGUGGGAUCUAGUGGGUGCGGUAAGAGCUCCAUCAUUGCACUGAUCGAGAGAUUUUAUGACCCAACUGAAGGAACUGUUUUGAUUGAUGAAAUGGACAUCAGGAGUUAUCAUCUACGCUCUCUGAGAUUGAACAUUUCUCUGGUGCAGCAGGAGCCUGCUCUUUUUGCUACUUCUAUCAGAGAUAACAUUCUGUACGGAAAGAAGAACGCAUCAGAAGAAGAGGUGAUCAAUGCUGCGAGAAUUGCAAAUGCUCAUGAGUUUAUCAGCAAAUUGCCUGAUGGGUAUGGGACUUUGGUAGGCGAGAGAGGAGUGGAAAUGUCAGGAGGGCAGAAGCAGAGAUUGGCAAUAGCAAGGGCAGUACUGAAGAAUCCUGCAAUCCUGCUAUUGGAUGAGGCUACCAGUGGAUUGGAUGCAGAGUCAGAGAGGGUUGUUCAGGAAGCCUUGGAGAGGGUGAUGGAAGGCAGAACAUCUAUUAUUGUUGCUCAUCGUCUCUCCACUAUAAAGAAUGUGGCCACCAUUGCAGUGGUGAAGGAGGGAAGGAUUGCAGAACAGGGAUCUCAUUCAGAGCUCAUGGCCACACCUAAUGGAGAAUACAACAGACUGCUCAACCUGAAGGCCAGCCAUCGAGCAGAGUCAAUUGAGCAAGAGUUUAUAUCACUUUCGGGUUGA